AAUAUGAGGGACAGUCAAUCAAUGGAGUUCCAUGAUGACUUCUGGAUCCCCGUCCCCCUGGAGAGCAACAACAUCACUGCUUUCAGCCCAUUCCUAGUGCCACAGGACCACCUGGGCAGUGCAGGCCUCUUCUAUGCUAUGUCUGCCUUCAUGUUCUUCUUGAUGGUGACAGGCACAGGCAUCAACACGCUGACUGUUGCAUGCACGCUUCAGUACAAGAAACUGCGUUCUCAUCUCAACUACAUCUUGGUCAACAUGGCCCUGGCCAACCUGUUGGUGUCCACCAUCGGCUCUUUUACCUGCUGCUUUUGCUUUGCCUUCAGGUACAUGGUCUUGGGACCACUGGGAUGCAAAAUUGAAGGUUUCACUGCAACCGUUGGAGGUAUGGUGAGUCUCUGGUCUCUGGCUGUUGUUGCAUUAGAGAGAUGGCUGGUGGUUUGCAAACCAUUAGGGAAUUUCAUGUUCAAGUCAAGCCACGCCAUUGCCUGCUGUGUCAUCACAUGGGUCUUUGCUCUGGUUGCUGCAGUCCCCCCACUGGUGGGAUGGAGCAGGUACAUCCCAGAGGGGCUGCAAUGCUCCUGUGGUCCUGACUGGUACACCACUAACAACAAGUACAACAAUGAUUCCUAUGUGAUGUUUCUUUUCUGCUUCUGCUUUGCUGUCCCUUUUUGCACCAUUUUAUUUUGCUACUCACAGCUACUGUUCACACUGAAAUCGGCAGCAAAAGCACAGGCAGAGUCUGUAUCUACCCAGAAGGCCGAGCGAGAGGUAACCAGAAUGGUGGUGAUCAUGGUGCUAGGCUUCUUGGUGUGCUGGAUGCCGUAUGCCUCCUUUGCCCUCUGGGUGAUUAACAACCGCAGAGAAUCUUUUGACCUGAGAUUAGCCACUAUCCCCUCCUGUUUCUCAAAAGCCUCCACAGUCUACAAUCCAGUCAUCUAUGUCCUGCUCAAUAAACAGUUCCGUUCAUGCAUAAAAGAGAUGUUGGGGAUGAGUGACAGUGAUGAGGAGUCCUCCACAGCUACGUCAGUCACGGAAGUUUCCAAAGUAGGACCUGCUUAG